UCCUCGCGUGUGUGUGUGUGUGUGACCAAGUGUGACCCAAGUGUCGCGUGUGCUUACACCCUUUACACCCCCCGCCAGCCCGCCCAAUUCGCCAAGAUUCUGUCCUCACUGUGGACAACGCCGUCGCAGCUUGCGACGGGCGGCGCCAACAGCAGCAGCGACACCAGCUCCAGCUCGAAGACCUCCAAGUUCAAGAUCACCGUCGUGAGCACGCCCAGCCCCUCGCCCGGUUCGCCGCCGCCCACGCCGCCCCUCCACGCCCACAGUUCCCACAUGGUCGAGACGAACUCUCCACCGGCGGGCUACGUGCUCAAGCGCUGUGCCAGUGAUCUCGGCGAGCCGCAGCACCAGCAGCAACCGCCUCGCCAGCUGCAACGCACCCGCUCCCCCGCCAACAACGCGAGCAACGCUGCCUACCAUCUGACCACCGCCAUGCUGCUCAACUCCCAACAAUGCGGCUAUCUAGGCCAGCGUCUGCAAUCCGUGCUGCAACAGCAGCAGCAACAACAACAGCAGCAGCAGCAACCACAGUCACAGACUCCUUCCUCCGACGACGGCUCGCAGUCCGGUGUGACCAUUUUGGACGAGGAGCGUCCUCGCGGUGUUAGCCGACCAACUGCAGCAUCUGCGGCUGCCGCCUCACUAUUCACCAUCGACAGCAUUCUCGGCUCCCGCAGCGUGGCAGCCGCUGCCGCCGCCGCUAACAACAGCAGCAAUACCCAUAACAACAACAACAGCGCCAGCAACAACAGCAAUAAUAACAUUAUCAGCAACAACAACAACAAUAACAGCAGCCUCAAUGGCAACCUCACAUUGGGUCUGGGCAUUGGGAAACGCAGCACGGAAUCUCCCGCCUCGCCCAACUCCAAUUCCAGUUCGAGCGCCGCCGCUAGCCCCAUUCGACCGCAGCGGGUUCCUGCCAUGCUGCAGCAUCCCGGCCUGCAUCUCGGACAUCUGGCGGCAGCGGCGGCCAGCGGCUUUGCAGCCUCGCCCUCGGACUUUCUAGUUGCCUACCCCAACUUCUAUCCCAAUUACAUGCAUGCCGCGGCCGUUGCCCACGUCGCCGCCGCCCAGAUGCAGGCGCACGUCAGUGGACACGGAGCCGCGGCAGCUGCCGCCGCUGGACUCGGCGCCCAUGGCCACCAUCCUCAUCAUCCGCACGCUCAUCCGCAUUCCCAUCUCUCUCAUCACGCUCAGCAUCACUUGGGCCUCGGCCAUCUUGGACAUGGACCGCCGCCGAAGCGCAAGCGUCGUCAUCGCACCAUCUUCACCGAGGAGCAGUUAGAGCAACUGGAAGCGACUUUCGACAAGACGCACUAUCCCGACGUUGUGCUAAGAGAACAGCUCGCCCUCAAAGUGGACCUCAAGGAGGAGCGUGUCGAGGUGUGGUUCAAGAAUCGACGCGCCAAGUGGCGGAAGCAGAAGCGCGAGGAGCAAGAGCGACUGCGUAAGCUGCAGGAGGAGCAAUGUGGCAGCACAACCACCACCAACAACAACAACAGCGGCAGCAGCAGCAACAACAGCAGCAGCAACUCCAAUGGCAACAAUCAGAUCAAGUGCUCGCCGGAGCAUUAUGCGACGCAACUUGUGCACAUCAAGAGCGAUCCGAAUCACUACAGCGAUGCGGAUGAAUCCUCCGACCUGGAGGUGGCCUAAGCACCUCCCUUCCCCUUC